UCUUUUCUGAACCCUGUUAAAGUCCUGGUCUUCUCUACAGGUUGACUCUGCACUGAGUGAAGAAAAUACCCUGUAGUAUCUGAUCACUGUGGAAAGGAUCCCACUUCAAAGGUUUUCUGUAAACUGUUUACAAACCAUGACUCUCCGUGUUCUGUACGUAAGCUGAUAAAGCAUCUAUGCACUUUAAUCUUGGGUCUCUGCCAGUUUGCUCAUAUAAGUGUGAGCCCUUCUCUUGAAUUUUUGGAUACAAAGACUUACUAGCCAAAGUCUCAUUCUUGCCUUAGUAAUGUUCCAGAGGCUGAAUAAUAUGUUUGUGGGAGAAAUCAAUAACUUGUCCAGCCAAGAGCCAGAGUUCAGUGAAAAAGAAGAUGAAGAAUGGAUUCUGGUUGACUUUAUAGACACUUGCACUAAUUUUGCAACAGAGGAAGAAAACAUCAGCGAAACAUCAGCUGCUGACCACUCCCCAGUCUUUUCGUGUUUACCAACUUCCUUAGAAUGUUUGGCUGAUGCCAGCGAGUCUUGCUUCAUCCAGUUUGACUCAUGCCCCAUGGAGGAGAGCUGGUUUAUUACCCCUCCCCCAUGUUUUACUGCAGGUGGAUUAACCACUAUCAAGGUGGAAACCAGUCCUAUGGAGAACCUUCUAAUUGAACAUCCCAGCAUGUCUGUAUAUGCUGUUCAUAAUACUUGUCACAGUCUAAAUGAAACUAGCUGUGGAGAUGAGGAGUUUCAUAAUCCAAAUAGUCCAAGAAUGGAAGCACGAAAUGAAAUGGGGCAGCAUAUUCAUUGCUACGUCGCCACUCUUGCUGCUCAUUCAAGUUUUUUUAAACGAACCAAGAGUUUUCGGCCGAGCCAGUGGGUAAAAGAACACAGUGAAAGACACCAUCUCAACAGAAACAGCCUCCGUCGCCAAAAUCUUACCAGGGAUUGCCACUCACGGCAAAUCAAGCACAAUGGAUUGUUUGUUCACCAGCCUUGUCAGCGUCAGUACAAUUACUGAAGGCAUAGAGGUUUUAAUCCUGUCGGUUAAUUAUUCUUAGCUUUCUCUUGUUUCAGUGUGUAGAUAAUGAAGGUAUGGUCAGCCUGAAGCUGAUCAUCAAUCAUUUGAACACAUUUGUGACUAGUGUUACAUUAGUUUGAAACUGUAUUUACAUAUAGUGUAUCACAACAUGCCUUUAUAGGUCCUAAAUGGUUAUCUUAAAUAUUUCAGUGUCUUGAAAAUGAGUGUGUGAGAGUGAUGGUUUUUAACUACAGUUUGACGUAUGGAUGGGUUUUUAAAGAAAGCUCUAACAAAGGUGGAACAUGCAUUCUUCAGUCAUAUCUCUUGUUUAAUCAGAAUGAAGUUACAAAAUUAUUGGGAUCAGCCAUACAUUUGAAUAGCCAGUAAUUUUGACAGUUUUGUAUGUUUGUAUAUACCAUGUGCACAGAUAUACUCUUAACAUAAGCAUUAAAAGGCUAUACUUGCCAAUGGACUUGAAGUAGGAAUCACUAAAUUCUUAGUGAAAGAAGGAUAACUCUAAUUUCAAUUUAGAUUUUUAUCUACUUACAUUAAACAUAUGUAAGUUCAAUUAGAGUUGUCAAAUAUUUCAUAUAAGCAGAACAAGAGAGUUAAAUGUCCAGCUGAUAAGAGAUAACACUGUGCCUUACAUGGCGUGAAAUGAAAAGUAGACUUAUGGCUUAAUAUAGACAUUUAACCCAGAGAGUCCAUCAGUAUUUCAAUUCAUACAGCCUACACUCUUUUAUUCUUCCCUCUGCCCUGUUCUUCCCCUUCCCCUCCCCCCCCCCUUUUUUUUAAAGGUCCAUUACAUAAACUAAAUAAAGUUUGGGUAAGUAUCUGUAGUCUGAGCCAAGAAGAAAGGGCUACAGUGAUUGUCUUCUACAACAGGUCCAUCCAUAACUACACCUUCUGUAGAACGUAUUCUGGGGGAUGGUGAGUAUGGAUGGGCUUCCAAGCUGCUGAUUACAGCCUCAAGUUGAUCAAUUAAUUUCAAAUUAAUUAAUUUCAAAUGAUUAAUUUGAACCACUUGCAAACUACUGGACAGAAAACCUGUUUCCAGAUUUUCACCCCUCCUAACUUUUUCCCAAUGAGAGAAGGAAGUCUGAGAAACAAUGAAAGACAUAACAUUAUGUCAAUACAUUAUGACACUACUGGUCUUCCAGAA